UGAAGGAAUUAAAGCAAGCAGAACAAAUCCAAUUUACUUCUGGGUUGUUAGUCUGUAAAAACUCUGUAAUCUCAGCCUCAUCUAAGAUCCUCCCUCACACACCACACUGUAUAAGAGUGUCAGUGCUACCACAGGGGUCUGUAGUUACCACAGAGUUGAUUUUAAGUAGCUGUUCACCACAAGCAAGGCAAGAAACAAACCAGCAAAGCAGCCAUGGACAACAAGAUCACAUUGUCCCUCCUGCUGCUUACUCUCACAGGCUUCUGUCAUGAGUCACUUCUGGGUGGAGAGCUGCGGUGUCGGUGUCUCCAGACGGCCUCGGGCUUGAUGUCACCAAAGCACUUGGUACAUGUGGAAAUCAUCCCCAAAGGCCCACAGUGCGGCACCGUGGAAGUCAUUGCGACAUUGAAGACGAGCCAGCAAAUCUGUUUGGAUCCCGAGGCCAAAUGGGUGAAGAUGAUAAUUAAGAGGAUUUUAUGCAGCUCAUCCGGCAGACUGCGCAAAUAGGAAAAGCGGAGAUAAUGCAUAACCCCAUGCGGAAUUCUCAGCCAUGAUGUAUCUUCAAAGGCCAGGCUGUUCGUAGUUUGUUUUACUCUUUCAUUCUCUGUCCACACUGACUCAUCCCAUAUACAGACUGUUAGUUUGAGAAAGGAAGCUGCUGGAGUAAAUAUACUGUCACACAACCAGGAGACUUGUGAGUUUUAUGGCAUGAUCAUGCUGCACACUUUACUGUACACACCUGGGUGCAGUACAGUUAACAGGAAACACUCCCAUUGAUUUCAAAGGGUCAAGGAUUUGGCCCUUAUUGAAUUGGCCUUUAAAGCAAUGCCAUCUGUGAGUUUCACGUUGAAAAGCUGUGCAGUGUCACAUUUAUUCGUGCAAGAGAAAAAUGAAUGAAGCAAAAGUGUAAGUUGGAGUGUCCUGGAAUGCAAAAAAGAGUUUGUGUAUAUUGAUACAAUACUGUUAAUAGCAAGAAGCAAUGUCAUUGAUGACUGUGAAACAAUUACACUACUUCGAAUGUCUUCAGUAUUUUAAAUGCUGAACUCUUGAUUUUAUACAUAUUAUCUUCAUCACUAGUCAGAAAACUGCACACCAAUAAAAAGAG